AUGGAGACGGAUGCUUGGCCGACGUUUCAAUACCCGUUGCCAAGGUGGCGCCUGAUGAAUUGUGAUCGGCGAGCCCAGGAUUUGAUUGAUUGUGAUCCAGAAAGCUACCGGAACACAGUUUUUGUUUUUGCCAUUCCGGGAAUCGUUGUGGCUGGCGGUGUGGCUAUGACGGUGCUUCUCUACCUGAUCUGCAAGUAUGUCUUUGAUUGUUGUGGGGGGCGCAAACAGUCCCCGAACUUCUGCUGUCCACUGAGGGGUCACUCGGCCAAGUACAGCAGGGAAGAUCUUCUUCGUCCAGUCUUAUUGGCGGUGAUGGUCUUUGGCCUUUGUGCGACGACCUGCAUAUGGGGGUGCGUGUCGCAGCAUCAUUUGGUCUCGACGGUGGGAGAAAUUCACAACAUCUCGAGUUUUGCUAUUAAAAAUGUAGAGAAAAUGAAUUUGGAUUUCUUGGAAAGGAUGACAAUCACUCUUUACGACGCCAGCAAGGACGUCACGUAUCCAAUGUCUCUUCUCCGUUCGAAAGAGAACGAAAACCUCUACAAGGAAACAGCGGCACGCACUGGAGAUGUCUCCAGCAUGCUUAACCAGACAGUUAUCAGACUCUUUGACAAUAUUGUUCAAUUUUCAUGGGAGCCGUACGUUUUAUUUGGCGUUUCUUUUGGAGUCUCCUUUUUAGGGAUGAUCUUUGCCUUGUGCAACCGUCGCCGCGAAUCCAUUUUCGUCUUCUUGAUUAUGGCACUGCUCACUGUCAUGACAUGGGGAUUUAACGGCCUAUACUCUGCUUCCUCAUUCCUCGUUAGCCAAAGUUGUUUUGAGAUGACAGAAUUUACGGAACGUCGCACCAAUGUUGUAAAGGCGGUUACAAAAUGCGAUGACACCCGCUUUGGAGGCCAAACUGCCGCGUUUGAAGAAAAUUUCCGGCAGCUGUCGCGAUCGAUCUGCGAAGAGAUAAAACCAUACUGCUAUGAUAAAACCAUUAUGCCGGACAUGAACGUUGCACAGAAGAAGGUCUUUGCAUGCCCAAUUCACAUGGUAUGCAGGUAUGUAACCGAUGAUGAGGUGAUGUCAUGGGUCAGGACUGCACUUCACACAGCACCGCAGGUUACACAAUCUGCCACGGCGAGCGCGGAGGCCCAGAAAAAAGGAUAUACGUGCCCUCCGACACCUGAGGGGGUGUGCGAUCUGAGAGCGUGUUCGGCUACAUGCAGGAAAGAUGGUGUUCUCAGCGAUGUUGGCAAGACCGCGAAGAAGGCGCUCUACGCCAUCUUUGGAUUAGCAGAGGCACGGUCUGCCUUUGAUACUGUAGACAGUCAACUGAAAGGCUGCGACGCUGUUUUCACUGGCAUAAUUCCCCUAAUUGAGCCCUUUUGCCAGGCCGCUGCUAACAACAUUUAUAACCUGUUGCAAUGCACCGGGCUUUUGGGCGUAACGCUCAUUGUCGCCUUGUACACGUAUGGAAUGGGGUCCAAGCGCUUUAUUCCGUUUGAAGAAGCGUUAUUACCACAAAAAGACUAA